AUGGUCGCCCCUAACCUUGAAGAGAUCCAUGAUUUUCUGGUGUCACUGGCCUUCAAGGCCGGGAAUAUCAUCACGAAUGCCCUCCCAGGCACCGGUGGCACCGGAUCGAAGAAGAACAGUGCCGACCUCGUAACAGAAUAUGAUCGUGCGGUCGAGAAUAUGAUUUCGACCUCUUUAAAAGAUAAAUACCCCGAUUAUGCAUUCCACGGCGAAGAGACCUACGACCCGGCGCGUCCAUUGACCGAUGCCCCUACCUUUAUCGUGGACCCGAUCGACGGAACCGCCAAUUUUGUUCACGGCUUCCCUUGCGCCUGCGUCUCGCUCGGAUUCGCCGUGGGCCGGGUACCGGCGGUCGGUGUGGUCUACAACCCUUCUACCAAGAACCUCUACUCUGCCAUCAGGGGGAAAGGAGCUUUCUUGAACCGUGAGACUCGUCUUCCUUUGAAGGGCGAUCAUGCGGAACCCCUGUCGGGCUUGACCAAUGCCCUCAUCGGCAUCGAAUGGGGCUCCGAUCGUAGUGGGCAGAACUGGGAAACCAAAGUCCGGACCUUCGAGAAGCUGGGCCAGUCAAAGAAGCUCGGCGGUGCAAUGGUUCGCGCCAUGCGCAGUAUGGGGUCUGCCGCCCUUAAUCUGUGUGCGGUGGCAGAGGGCACUCUGGAUCUAUACUGGGAGGGCGGAUGCUGGGAGUGGGAUGUUUGCGCCGGAUGGGUAAUCCUGGCCGAGGCUGGAGGCAUCAUGGUCGAUGGCAGCCCGGGAGGUUGGGAGACCCGUCUCGAUGGGAGGAAGUAUCUGGCAGUCCGCGGCGCUCCGGCAGGUCAGAAAGAGAUUGUUGAGGAGUUUUGGAGCUACAUCCAGGGCAAGCUGGAUUACUAG